CAGCCAUUUUUGUAAAACACAAACAACAAGACGACCGAGCGAGACAGAAAAAAAAAAUCUCAUUGCGACCGUUGCAGAUACCGGGGAAAAUAUAUAAAGAAUUCAGCAUCGAACUCACACAAGGCGAGUGUUGAAAACAGAGACAUACCAGUAGUUCAAAUCAUCGCUUCCCGCGAAGCACGUUUGUGCAAAAGGAGUGAGUUCUUUAAAGAAGAUCCAACUCUGCAGAAAACAGUGAAUGGCUAGUUUAGCCUAGCUGGCCAGCAGACUCGCAGAAGAGGUGUUGGGAGUUGAAUGCUUGGCUAUGAAACAAUAAUUCACAAAAAAAUAAAUAAUAAUAUAAGUAAAAGAGAUCAAGAAUUGAGAGAAGUUAACCAGCAAUAGUUACGGCAUUACAAACUGCCCUGCAAGUUGUUUUUGUUUUUCAAACAGUAGUUGCUGUUAUUUAUGCUGCCACAAAGUCUAAAACCAUAGUGUAUUGCUUUUUCUCUUUAAAGUGUUUUCAAAUUGCUGAAUCUUUAGUUUUUUUUUAAGAUCUGAAGUUACUGGUACAUUAGGGUGGCAUGCCGUCUUUUGGAGGUCUUAUAUCUGUCUAGAUAUCCAUCAGCCCUUAUCUCUUUGAAACUGGCAGCUAUUGUAAUAUUCAUACAGAGUUUAGAUUUACCACCUCAGCACACAGAACCCCUGUACCGGUCCUGAUAGAACCAGCUCGUUCCUGUCCCUCGUUCAUACCGGUCCUUUACAGUCCUGUUCUGUGGACAAGAAACCCUGAGCCCUUUGGACAUAGAAUAUGACUGCUGAGACUCUUACCUUCGGUCCAGAAUGGCUCCGUGCACUAUCCAGAGGGGGGAGUGUGACGUCCCCUCCCCCUUCCCCUGCAAUGCCAAAGUCCAAGUUGGCCGACUACCGCUAUGGCCGUGAGGAGAUGUUAGCACUUUAUGUCAAAGAUAACAAGAUCCCUGAGGGCAUGCAGGAUAAGGAGUUCGCUGCUAUCCUGCAGGAAGAGCCUCAGCAGCCAUUGGCCUUGGUGCCCCUGACUGAGGAGGAGCAGAGAAACUUCUCCAUGUCUGUGAACAGUGUGGCUGUGCUAAGGCUUAUGGGUAAAGGAGGUGGAGCUGUGCCAGCAGGUGUAGCUAGAGGGCGUGGAAGCACUCGAGGUGGUCGAGGGAGAGGCAGAGGAGAGGGUGGAUUUUACCAAAGAAGUGUGGAUGAAGAGGCCGGUUUUGGCCGAGGACGAGAGAUGAACCGCAGUCAAAGUUGGGAUGACAGGGGUGAGCGGCGCUUUGAAAAGCCUUUGAGGCGUGAUGGUGGGCGUGGUGGUUUUGAGGAGGGAGUUGCAGGAGGAAGGAAGGACUACACGCGCUCAGACAGCGAUAACUGGCGUAUACUCCGAGAAGAGCAGGAGGACGAAGAUGGGGCAGAACCUGGGGGAAGCUGGAGGAUUGCUGGAGUCCGCCGUGAUGACGGGGCUCCUCGUUCAGCAGGUUGGCGGGAUCACGGUAGUGGGGAUGGCCGUCGUAGGAAGUUUGACUUUGACUUCCGAGAUGGAGAAGGUGGACGUAGGAGGACCGGAAGUGAGGGAGGAGAGGAAGAGCGAGAUGGCCUGCCUGAGUGGUGCACCGAUGAAGAAGAAGGGGAGAUGGGAACAUUUGAUUCUUCUGGAGCCUUCAUGUGCAUAAAGAAAAGCUCCAGAGAUGCAAUCCCUGAAGACCAGGAACUGGAAUUUGAAGCUCUGGAGGAGGAAGAAGAGGGUGGUCAAGAGAAGAAGGACAGUCCUGCUGAUAAAUCAGACACAUGUGAAGCAAUAGCUGUGUGUGAUGGAGAAAUAAAGUCAUCAUCUCUUCAUGCUGUGUCCGCUCCUGCCCCUGUGCAGCCUGUUGCAGAGGAAAAGACUCUCAAACCCAUACUCACUCCUCCUUCAAAACCUGCACCCCAACCAUCUGAAGAUGCAGCUCCAGCAGGUGGCACAACAACUCUGAUGCAGGGCUCCUCUCCUCCCUCAACCCCUGUUACUGACCUUCCAACAGUAGGGGGAGACACCGAGGAGGAAGAUGGCAUGAAGCACCUUCAGCAGGAGGCUGAGAAGAUGGUGGCGUCCCUGCAAGACACAUCUCUUGAAGAGGAGUGUUUCACUCAAGCACUUCAUGAGAGCCACAUCACUGCGGCACACACUCGCACACACCCGAAUACACACAAACUCUCUCACUCCACCUCACACACUCUCCCGCACUCCGCCAGUGCUCUGCCCCUGUCCCAUGAAUCCGCAAUGAAGUGGUUCUACAAAGACCCUCAAGGGGAAAUUCAAGGUCCAUUCACUACAGUGGAGAUGUGUGAGUGGUUUCAGGCUGGGUAUUUCACCAUGAACCUGCUGGUCAAACGUGGUUGUGAUGAGGGAUUUCAGCCCCUGGGUGAAGUCAUCAAGAUGUGGGGGCGUGUGCCUUUCUCUCCCGGCCCCUCCCCUCCUCCACUGCUGGGGAACAUGGAUCAGGAGCAAUUGAAGAAACAAUUCGAGCAAGCUGCCACUGCAGCCCUGUACCAACAACUUCAGAUGAAAAUUCAGCACAUGAACAGGUGUGGGGAGACUGGGAUGAUGCCUGGGAUGAACAGGUCCAUGUCAGUGCCAGACACCGGGCCCAUGUGGGACAUGCCUACCUCAGUCUCUCAGCAGUCAGGCGGUGAGACCAGUCUGUGGGACUUAACCAUGAGUAACUCCACUCAGGGUCCGACUCUUGAACAUUUGCAGAAACUCCAGCAGGAGAGGCGUGAAGCUGAACUCAGGAAGCGUGAAGAAGAGGAGAGGAAACGGAGGGAGGAAAAGCGCCGGCAGCAGGAGGAACAGAAGAGGAGAGAGGAGGAGGAGCUUUAUAGACGAAAACAGCAGUGCCGUCAGCAGCAGGAACUGAUUAUGAAGUUUCUGCAGCAGAGCCAGCAGCAGCAGAGUGUGCCAGGGGGCGCAGGGUGGAGCGGAAGCCAGGCAGGAGCUCUGUCUCUGGGCAAAGCUACUGGAAAGAGCAUGGGACUCCUGGAGCUGGAGGCAGAGAGACUUCACAAACUGCAGCAGAGAGCUCAGCAGCAGCAAAGGCAUGGAGGUUUGACAAUGGGCCAGUGGAGUGAUGGGCCAUCUGGGAUGUGGUCAGGAGCUGGCAUGGAAGGGAAGGUCGGAGGUGGCAACCCUGCUAUGGGCAUGUGGGAUGAGCCCAUGAAGAACCAAGCCAGCCAUCGCAGCAUUGGCCUGAAGAACAGCCGCAGCAGUCCCUCUCUUAGCGAUCAAUACAUGCUGAAUCGGCGUAAACGUACUGACGAUGAGGACAGGCUUCUGAAGCUUCUUCAGGGGAUGAAACCUCAAGAUGGCUUCACCACUUGGUGUGAACAGAUGCUCCACGCUCUCAACACCUCUGCAAAUAACUCCUCCUCAUUGGACGUGCCCACCAUUGUGGCAUAUCUGAAGGAGGUGGAGUCUCCAUAUGAAGUUCAUGACUUUAUCCGUAUUUAUCUGGGCGAUACAAUUGAAGCCAAAGAGUUUGCCAAGCAGUUCCUGGAGCGCCGUGCCAAACAGAAAGCGAACCACCAGAGACAACAGCAGCAGCUGUCCAAGGAAGUCUCUGGAUUAAACAUGAACUUCCCCCUGCAGUCAAUGUUCCAGGCAGCUCACAUGAGUAAGGGCGGUAGCGUAUACGACACUCAGGGAGUGAAAACGAAGAAAAAGCCUAGCAUGAUGCUCCAUUCUGACCCCAGUAUCCUCGGCUACUCAUUCCUGGGGGGAGGUGAGCUGGAGCAGGUGGAGGAUUACUGACCCAGCCCGUCUACUUGAGUUUACCUGAGGCCUUAAACCUGGAGCAAAUCAGCAGAAGAAUGUGCACUGCUCAGUGAGGGAAGGGGCGGGCAAUAUUUGUCCAUGCCCCCUCUUCUCCUCUUUCUCCCUCUUUCUCUCACUCUGCACUGUGGGAGGAGCAGAAGGAGGUUAUUGGGAGGUUCGGUGUGAAGAGGAGAUCCUCUUCUGCCUCCCUUCAGUAAAGCACCUUACCCAAACCAUGGCACUUUAAUGUUUUCAUAUUUGAAAUGGAGUUGUUUUUUUUUUUGUGUUUUUUUUUACGAUGCAAAAAUGUGUGAAUAUAUUGUUGCAUAUAUUAUGUGUAUAAUAUUUGUAUGAAUAUACAUACGAGAGGUAGGAACAGAGCGGUUUCCGCCGUAUCAAACAUGGAGGUUGAGAAACGUUGUUGGGGAGAAGUUGAGCGUCUCUCCUAAAAGACAAACACUGUUGUAUUUUAAUGUUCAUGGUAAAGCUAUAAAAAUAUGAAAUUGAAAACUUGAAGAUUUGCACUUGUUUAAAAAAGUAAAAAAAAAAAAAAAAAUUAGGUUUUUUGUGAGCGCGUGUGCAAGAGAUGAAGUCUGCACAAAUUUUAUUGCUUACUGACAUGUAUAAAACAAAUGCCAUGCUUUUAUUUUGUUCAACACAAUUUUAUACUUUAUUGAGUGUGUGCGUGAAUGGACAGAAGUAGUGUUGCCGCUUUUUUGUACAUAGGCUCUUAAAGAGACCGAUAGGACAGUCAAGCUUUGCGUUUUACCCUCCAGUGUUUCAAAGUCUGACUGAGGUGCUGUUUGGCCCGUUUGGCUCUGUUCUAAGAGGGCAAUCGGGAUGUCUAGGUUUGUGUUUGAUGUAUAAAUGUAGCAGCUCUGUUGUCUGUACACAAACUACUUACAUUACAACUCUUCCCCUUUCACUCAUUCUCAGUCCAUGAUGUGAAAUGUUGCCUUCUGUCCAGAAAGUGUGUGUGUGUGGAUGGAUUCUGGGGCACUGUGAUUCUGUAUGUAAGUUGUUACUUUUUUGUUGCUGUUGAAAAAGGAUGAAUGAUUUAUUUUUUUAUUGUUCUAUACAAAGUAUUUGAACUUUGAGUUGGAGCACUUUCUAGGCUGCUACCUUGUACUUUUUGAUUUUUUUUUUUUGCCUCUUGAGGAUGUUGUAUUAUGAAUGAAUGUAUUCCAAUACAAACUAUGUAUAACAGUGUAUCUAAAGACGAGGCUUAAAUGUGUGUCUGAGUGAAACGGGACACGCCUCACCAUUCAGAAUAUGCCUGGUGUCAGAGGUCAGAUUCUGGGAUGCGCUUGGCCUGUAUCAAGUUGACGGUCUCCGGCUGCUAGUGCUCUUCCAGAACUUUCUCACAGCACCCAGAGAUUCUGUUCAUCUCCCAACAUCUUGAUGGAAAUGUUGCUCUGCUGUCUUGUUACUUGCGCUCUUGAUACAGGGCCAUCGAGAGCCAAGGAUCUGCAGUGUGUAGCAGUAAUUAUUAUUUUUUUUUUAAAUACAUGAGUUUUGGGAUUGAAAUGUUAUGUUUUGCAUCAUAAAUGUUUAUUCACCUGAAUCCUCUGAAUAGGAAGAGACUACGGAUCAGAAAAGAGGAGAUUCCGGUACUUGACUAGAAGAGAGAACAAAAAUUCCUGCUUUAAGUGUAUUUGACUCUAUUCUGACUGGAUUAUAUUUUUGUAAAAACAAAAAGAAAAAUAACAAAAGACAAUGACUGAAACAAAGCACGGAGAGGUGGAUAUCAGCACUAACUCGUACGCCAUUCUGGAGUCUGAAAGGAGUGGCAACCAGCUGCAUUUAGUGCUACAGAGCGUGAGACACAGGGAAUACGUGCGGAUCCAGUUCAUCCUCAUACCUAAGGGAUGGAGUUUUUUUGCAUCCUUUUGAGCUGCGAUCCCCACUGCUCUCAGCAACACUAUCAAAUGAAGGAUAUUCCUACAGCAUUUGGGAAAAAAAGGUGUUAAUUUUGAAUGUUUGAUUUAAAAAAAAAAAAAAAAACCUUUAUGCCUUUUUUAGAAGAUUACUGUGCAGAGAAACUCUCAUGUGACGUGUCUAUCAAUAAUAUUUCUUCACAAACUUUCUUCCCUGCUGUGGGUUGAGGGGGUAGAUGUGAUGAAUGUUUGGAGAGGAGAUGAACUGAAGCAAAACUCUCCUCGGUUCUUCACGCACUUCACUUGAACUAAAAUCUCAAGGACACAGACUUGUCAUGAUUGCAUGUCAAUGCAAUGAAAAAUUGAGAGUAUUACAGCAAUUGUUGACAUUAUAAAGUUCAUGGAUGCUUGUGAAACAGCUGAACUGCAAUGAAGAAGUUCUUCCAGGAUGGACGUAACCUAGAUCUCCCUGCUGGGACCAUCACACCCACCAGAAAAGGCAUCAUAUGAUGUCGUCGAACUGGAUUUAGCAAGAGAUCAAAACUCUUUCUCUACUGUCUCUCUCUUUCGUCCUGACAGCAUAGAACGGGACCCACAGAAAGACUAGGUGUGUGCAUGCAUGUGAAGAGACUUUGUAUGUGUCUGUACAAAGACACCCGUACAUUCUCCCGUCUCGCUUUUGGGUGAGGUGGAGACUGGAUGUCCUGUAAAUAAUGUAAAUGACUUUGGUCCCCAUUUGUUGAGUUCUGUCCAUCUUAGGCCAUCAUCUUGGGUGUUUCACAUGCCUUAACUGUACAAUACAGAACUGCCCUGGCCAACAUCAAUGUAACACUCAUGAAAAAAACAGCAAAGACUAUAUGUACACCACUCAUCUCAAGGAAUCUGAGGAUAUUUCCCCUUAUGUUGACUUCACUCAGCAUACGAGGUGUUUUCUAUGUAUUGUUGGUAUGUUAACGUUCAAGUGAAUAACUGCAAUUAUUGACGUGUACAGAUAAAGGUUGAACUUUGGUAUCUGCUGAAAUUUGAAAAAGAAAUUGUAAAAGUACAAAAAAAAAAGAAAGAAAAAAAGGUAGUUUGCCUUCCUCUACCAGUUCGGCAUUGAUUUUUUGUUUUUAGUUUUAAAUGAUUAGGUGGGUACCUACAGAACAUGGGGCUUAGUUUUCUUUGCGAAGAUCAAAAUAUGUUAAACUGAAAAUAAAAUAAAAAAUUAAAAGCUGAA